AUGUCAGCCGGCAUUCCAGCCCACAAUGGCUCUGAAGUGCAGCAUCGAGACCAGUAUCCCACCUAUCAUGGCCAAGGGAAUUACCGAAACAUUGCAGAGACACUUGAUUCUACAGCCGUGCCUUACAAGCUCGGCCAAGCCAAGCUGGUCGUCGACCCUCCCGAUCUCCAAGCGUGGCGCCAAAAGCUCUUCGAUGUGGACGGCCUCAUCAUCCUCACGCACGAGCAAUUCGAGACAUACUUCCCUCACAUCGACAACGUCUACUCCCACCGCUCCACCCAAAAGUACAAGCGGAAGCCCUUCAUCUCGCACUACUGGGACUGCCGCAUGAAGGGCCGGCCGCCGGGGACGCCCAAGUCGGACGACCCGAGCAAGAAGAAGCGCAAGCGCAGCGCCCGGGAGCGCGACCUGUGCGACGUCAAGAUCAAAAUCACCGAGUACCUUCCCGACGCCGGCGCCGAGGCCGCGCUGGAUCGGGACGUUGCCGCUGCCAUUGCCGCCGGCACGGCUGCCGCCUCGGUUGUAAGUGCCGGGAGGCGCUUCUGGACGAUCCAGCGGGUCAACGGCAACGGCGGCAACGGCAAGGGAGACGGAGUGGCCGGGCCGCAUCGGCAUACGCUGGAGAGGAGCGACGAGAUUAAGAAGAGCAGCGUGCAGCGUUUGGUGGCGACGAGGCUCAAAGAAGGCAAGAAGACGCAGGGAGCACCUCAGGUGAAGGCUUCUGGAGCUGCCCAGGAGACGGCUCGGAUGCACGGCAAAGAGGCUGAUCUGAGGCUACAUGCCGCAUGCUAUUGCCCCUUUUCGCAGCGCGUCUGGAUUGCUCUCGAGGCCAAAGGCCAGCCAUACCAAUACAUUGAAACGGAUCCCCCGAAGGGGCCUGCUUCAACACCUCUUCUCGAAGCUAAUCCUCGAGGCCGUGUCCCUGCCAUCCAUCAGGGGGACUGGGCAUGUUCCGAGAGUGCCGUUAUUCUAGAAUAUCUGGAAGACAUCUACCCCGACAUACCGUUGCUCCCUUCUGACCAGCGGCUGAAAGCCAACUGCCGCCUCUGGAUCCAUCACUCCCACCUGACGGCCCUCGUCCUCGCCGCUGAUCAACAAGGACCCUACUUUCUCGGCCCGUCCCUGUCCCUCGUCGACAUCCACUUUGCCCCCUUUGCCCUCCGUCUCAGGCGCAUCCUCCAGCAUCGAUAUCCGGGAUUUCUUGUGGCUGAUGCCACGCCCGGGACGCGCUGGCAUCGAUGGCUGGACGCGUUGGAACGGGAUCCUCAUGUCAAAGCGACAACGAGUACAGAUGAGUUUUAUCUGGAUACACUCGACUUGCUAACUCAAACCUCAAAAGAGUGUAGCUGA